CUGCACACUCAAGUGCUUGAAUUUUGUUGCGUUGUGUAGCUCCAAGGGAAGACUGGCAAUGAAGAGAAGCUAUGAAGGGAACAUCUGCGUAGAAGGCAGACACAGGAUUCCAGCGACGAUGUCGAAGCACCACGAUGCAGGGACCGCUUUCAUCCAGACCCAGCAGCUGCACGCUGCCAUGGCAGACACCUUCCUGGAGCACAUGUGCCGCUUGGACAUCGACUCGGAGCCAACCAUUGCAAGAAACACUGGCAUCAUCUGCACCAUUGGCCCAGCCUCCCGCUCGGUGGAGAAGCUGAAGGAAAUGAUUAAAUCUGGAAUGAAUGUUGCCCGCCUCAACUUCUCUCACGGCACCCACGAGUAUCAUGAGGGCACAAUCAAGAACGUGCGAGAAGCUACAGAGAGCUUUGCCUCUGAUCCCAUCACCUACAGACCUGUGGCUAUUGCACUGGAUACCAAGGGACCUGAAAUCCGAACUGGACUCAUUAAGGGAAGUGGCACAGCAGAAGUGGAGCUGAAGAAGGGUGCAUCUCUCAAAGUGACCCUGGAUGAUGCCUUCAUGGAGAAAUGUGAUGAGAAUGUGCUGUGGGUGGACUACAAGAAUCUCACCAAGGUUGUAGAAGUUGGCAGCAAAAUCUACGUGGAUGACGGUCUGAUUUCCUUGCUGGUUAAGGAGAAAGGCAAGGACUAUGUCAUGACGGAGAUUGAGAACGGUGGCAUGCUUGGCAGCAAGAAGGGAGUGAACCUGCCUGGUGCUGCUGUUGACCUGCCUGCAGUCUCUGAAAAGGACAUUCAGGAUCUAAAAUUCGGUGUGGAGCAGAAUGUGGAUAUGGUGUUUGCUUCUUUCAUCCGCAAAGCUGCUGAUGUCCAUGCUGUCAGGAAGGUGCUAGGGGAGAAGGGAAAGAACAUCAAGAUCAUCAGCAAGAUUGAGAACCACGAGGGUGUGCGCAGGUUUGAUGAGAUCAUGGAGGCCAGCGAUGGCAUUAUGGUGGCCCGUGGUGACCUGGGAAUCGAGAUCCCUGCUGAAAAAGUCUUCCUUGCCCAGAAGAUGAUGAUUGGGCGGUGCAACAGGGCUGGCAAACCCAUCAUCUGUGCCACUCAGAUGCUGGAAAGCAUGAUCAAGAAACCUCGCCCGACCCGGGCUGAGGGCAGCGAUGUUGCUAAUGCCGUCCUGGAUGGAGCAGACUGCAUCAUGCUCUCUGGAGAGACCGCCAAGGGAGACUACCCGCUCGAGGCUGUGCGCAUGCAGCAUGCUAUUGCCCGGGAGGCCGAAGCCGCCAUCUUUCACAGGCAGUUGUUUGAGGAACUGCGUCGCCUGACUUCCCUGAACUGUGAUCCCACGGAGGCCGCUGCUGUUGGCGCUGUGGAAGCGUCCUUCAAGUGCUGCAGCGGGGCCAUUAUUGUCCUCACCAAGUCUGGAAGGUCAGCACACCUGGUGUCCCGGUACCGCCCGCGGGCUCCCAUCAUCGCUGUGACCCGUAAUGAACAGACGGCGCGCCAGGCCCACCUCUAUCGGGGCAUCUUCCCCGUCCUGUGCAAAGAACCAGCCCAUGAUGCAUGGGCGGAGGACGUGGACCUCCGUGUGAAUCUGGGCAUGAAUGUUGGCAAAGCACGUGGGUUCUUCAAGAGUGGCGACCUGGUCAUUGUACUGACUGGCUGGCGCCCUGGCUCGGGCUACACCAACACCAUGCGCGUGGUGCCGGUUCCUUGAACGACUGACUCCAACCAGCAACCACCUUCCUUCCUUCCCCUUUCCCCUCCGCUCCCCUCUCCCCUCACGUUAGACCAGCCAUCGCUUGCGAUGUUCUUCUUGUCCCUAGAGUGGAUGUAGGUUGCUAAACACCACCCAGUGCAGCAGCAGCAGGGGGAA